GCUCUGUUAAUGGGCCACUAAGUUCGCUGCGUGACCGUCUUUGUUUAGUGCAAGUGUUUUCUGUUUUCGGCCAGCGCCCGCGAUGAGCGCCUUUGAGAUCACCGUGACGCCAUCGCGUCUCAAGCAAAAGAAGCGCGCCGAAGGACGCGAGCCCGCCGUGGUGGUCAUGGCUCCGUUCUCCGCGAAGGCGAUUGUGCAGUUCGAGGAUGUGCCGGUAACCAAGACAGCCAGGCGCCAGGUGCGCGUCCUCAAUCCCAGCGACGAGGACAUCGAGGUCAAGGUGAUGAAGGCCAUUCGGGAGGAGCACAACCUGAGCCUCGAGUGGCUGGAGCACAUCGUGCCCGCCAGGGACGAGGUCUCCAUGGAGCUGGUCUGGAGCCCCCAACUGGAGGUGGCCUGCAAGGAGACGCUGCAGCUGAUCGACAACCGCAACUUUCGCAAGGAGGUGAUGAUCAUUCUGAAGUCCAAGAGCAACCAGCCCGCGAAGAACCCGCGCAAAUUUCCCACCGUCGGCAAGACCCUGCAGCUGAAAUCACCGACAGGCGCUGGCAAGACAAUGAAGAGCGUGGCCACCGCUGCUGUGCAGCAAAAGAAGCGAAUGUCUGCGGCGGCGGCGGCAGCAGCAGCAGCUCCUUCCGCCAAACUGACCUGGCGACCCUCUGCUGCCACCCGUCCUUCUGCCCGUCCUAAUCCUCCUCUAACCGAGAAGAAUGUCUACAAGCCGCCGAAGGAGGACCCCGUCUACAUAUCACCACAGCCGCGCAGCCUCAAGGAGAACUUGAGUCCCAUGACUCCGGGUAAUCUUCUGGACGUGAUAGACAACCUACGGUUCACACCGCUCACCGAAACGCGAGGCAAUGCGACCAUUUUGCCGGACAAUCUGACCGCCUGGCCCACACCCACCCACCCUCGACCGCGUCGACUCACUCCAGAUGACCUAGAAGAUCAGCCGGCCACAAACAAAACCUUUGAUGUGAAGCAUGGCGACACCAACAUUUCGCUAGACACUUUGGACAGCUCCAGAAGCGAGGUACAAACGCAGGCGCCCCUGAACAAAACCACCACCAUUGCGGUUCAUAUGCAAACCAGAGCUCUGGCCUGUAUUCACGAGGAGGAGGGCACCAGUCCGCCAAAGACCUCCGUUCAAGAUCUUAAAAGGGACAUCAAGCUGGUGGGCUCACCGCUGCGAAAGUAUUCCGAGUCCAUGAAGGAUUUGUCGCUGCUGUCGCCGCAAACGAAGUUCGCCAUCCAGGGCUCCAUGCCUAAUUUGAAUGAGAUGAAGAUCCGGUCGAUCGAACAGAAUCGCUACUACCAGGAGCAGCAAACCCAGGUGAAAAGCAAGGACCUGAACAGUUCUUCUAGCAGCGAGGCCAGUUUGCUGGGCCACCAGGAGUUUCAGUUCAAUCACAACGAAAUACUCGCUCAGUCGAGUCGCUUUAAUCUGCACGAAGUGGGUCGUCCGAUUAAGAAUCCCCACAAGCGUCGCUCCCAUGAGCUAAGUUUCUCGGACUCGCCCAGCAACGAAUCUCUGCAUCGCAACGAUACAAUGGCUAUUUCGCCGCCCAAGAAGCAGCGGGUGGAGGACACCACGCUGUCGAGAAACGCUGCACCGGCAAAUGCAUCCGCCCGCAGCAGCAGUGCCCACGCCUGGCCUCCCGCUCAGUCAAAGAAAUUCAAGCUGGCGCAGACCAUGUCGCUGAUGAAGAAGACCACCACACCACGAAAGGUCAGGGAGAAUAGCGUACAGGCGCCCGUCAAGCUCUACGACUCGGAGCUUUACAUGCAGACGUACAUCAACCCGGAUCCCUUUGCAGCCACCACCACAACGGAUCCCUUCCUGGCCUCCACCAUGUACCUGGACGAGCAGGCCGUGGAUCGCCAUCAGGCUGACUUCAAGAAGUGGCUUAAUGCCCUGGUUUCCAUCCCAGCCGACCUGGAUGCGGACACAAAUAGCAAAAUAGACGUGGGCCGGCUGUUCAACGAGGUGCGCAACAAGGAGCUCGUGGUGGCGCCCACCAAGGAGCAGCAGUCCAUGGACUACCUCACCAAGUACCGCCUGGAGACGCUGCGUCGGGCGGCGGUGGAUCUGUUCUUCAGCGAGCAGAUGCGCCUGCCCUGCUCCAAGGUGGCCGUGUAUGUGAAUAAGCAGGCUCUGCGCAUCCGCAGCGAUCGCAAUCUCCACUUGGAUGUGGUCAUGCAGCGCACCAUCCUGGAGCUGCUGCUCUGCUUCAAUCCUCUGUGGCUGCGCCUCGGACUGGAAGUGGUCUUCGGCGAGAAGAUCCAGAUGCAGUCGAAUCGAGACAUCGUGGGCCUCAGCACCUUUAUCCUCAAUCGCUUGUUCCGGAACAAGUUCGAGGAGCAGAGGUACAGCAAGGCCUACACACUCACCGAGGAGUACGCGGAGACCAUCAAGAAGCACUCGCUGCAGAAGAUCCUCUUCCUGCUGCUAUUCCUCGAUCAGGCCAAGCAGAAGCGCAUUGUCAAGCACAAUCCGUGUUUGUUUGUCAAGAAGUCGCCGCACAAGGAGACCAAGGACAUCCUGCUGCGCUUCUCCUCGGAACUGUUGGCCAACAUUGGGGAUAUAACGAGGGAGCUGCGUCGCCUGGGCUACGUCCUCCAGCACAAGCAGUCUUUCUUGGACGAAUUCGACUACGCCUUCAAUAACCUGGCCGUGGAUCUGAGGGAUGGAGUGCGGCUUACGCGCGUCAUGGAGGUCAUUCUCCUGCGCGAUGAUCUCACCCGCCAGUUGAGAGUGCCCGCCAUCUCCCGCCUGCAGAGGAUCUUCAAUGUGAAGCUGGCUCUGGGCGCUCUGGGCGAGGCCAACUUCCAGCUGGGCGGGGAUAUCACCGCCCCGGACAUCGUGGACGGGCAUCGCGAGAAGACGCUUUCGCUGCUCUGGCAGAUCAUCUACAAGUUCCGUUCGCCCAAGUUCCAUGCGGCGGCCACGGUGCUGCAGAAGUGGUGGCGUCGUCGCUGGCUUUAUGUUUCCAUCCAGCGGCGCAUUCGCCACAAGGAGCUGAUGCGACGCCACCGCGCCGCCACUGUCAUUCAGGCCGUUUUCCGGGGCCACCAGAUGAGGAAGUACACCCGGUUGUUCAAGGCGGAACGCAUCCAGGCAGCCAUAAUCCUGCAGAAGUUUACGCGUCGCUACUUGGCGCAAAAGCAGCUGUACCAGAGCUAUCACAGCAUCGUCACCAUCCAGCGCAGGUGGCGGGCUCAGCGACUGGGAAGGCAGUGCCGCCGGCAGUUCCUGCAGCUCCGCCAGGCGGCCAUCUUUCUGCAGCGCAUCUGGCGGCGUCGUCUCUUUGCCAAGAAGCUACUGGCGGCGGCGGCCACAGCGCGUCUGCAGCGAUCCCAAAAGCAACAGGCAGCUGCCAGUUACAUCCAAAUGCAGUGGCGAAGUUAUCAGUUGGGCAAAGUUCAGCGGCAAAAGUUCUUGCGGGAAAGGGAGCUAAUCAUCUUGGUCCAGCGCAGGAUGAGGGCCAAGUGGAGUAUGAUAAAGCAGCAAAGGGAGUUUCGGAAACUUAAACAGGCUGCUAUUAAUGUGCAACAGCGCUGGAGAGCUCAGCUAUCGAUGAGAAAACAUAGGGCUGAAUAUUUAUCACUCCGCUCCAAGGUCCUUAAAAUCCAGGCUCACAGAAGAGCCACUAUCCAGAUGAGAAUCGAACGGAAUAACUACCAAGCUGUAAGGAAAAGUGUAAUCUGCUUGCAACAGCGCUUAAGAGCCACUUGGAAAAUGCGUGAGGAGAGGAAGAAGUAUUUCCAGCUUCGGGAGUCCACUAUACUCAUUCAAAGACGCUAUCGGCUGCUCCGCAAGAUGAAAGAGGAUCGCCUUGCUUACUUGAGAGCCCGUCAGUGCAUCAUCAAGGUGCAGAGACGCUGGCGAGCCACCUUGCAGAUGCGUCGAGAGAAAGAGAGCUACCUUCAGUUGCAAUCCGCCGCUAGAUGCAUCCAAGAAAAGUACCGCGCCAAGCAUCAAAUGGAAAAGCAAAGGGCUGAGUUCACUCAGCUCAAGAAAGCAGCUUUGACAGUGCAACAACGUCGACGGGCUGUACUGCAGAUGCGAAAGGAGCGCCAGGAAUAUCUGCAACUCCGAGAGGUAACCAUCAAGCUGCAACGCAGGUUCCAUGCCCACAAGGCCAUGAGGUUCAUGCGAGCCAAGUACCGCGGCACCCAGGCAGCGGUGAGCUGUCUGCAGAUGCACUGGCGUGGUCAUCUGCUCAGGAAACGAGAGCGCAGCAAUUUCCUGGGGCUGCGCCAGGCAACCAUCACCUUGCAGCGACGAUACCGAGCUCGUCUGGCCAUGAUUAGGCAAUCUAAGAUGUAUAACCAGCUCAAACAGGCAGCUAUUACCGUUCAAAAACGAUACAGAGCGAAGAAGGAGAUGCAAAGGCAGGUAAUCCACUACCAAAAGCAAAGGGAAGCCAUUAUAAAAGUGCAGCGGAGAUACCGCGGCAAGUUGGAGAUGCGGCAGCAGAUGGCGGAGUACCAAAAGCAACGCCAGGCAGUCAUCCGCAUUCAGAAAUGGUGGCGCAGUGUGUGUGAAAUGCGUGUUCUUAGAAAGGGCUACCGCAGGAUUCGUCUCAGCUCGUUGAGCAUUCAGCGCAAGUGGCGGGCCACUGUUCAAGCUCGUCGCCAGCGGCAGAUCUUCCUGGACACCAUUCGCAAGGUGCGAUUGAUGCAGUCCUUCAUCAGAUCCACCCUGCUGAUGCGAGAGCAACGCAGGGCGUUCGAGAAGCAGCGAAUGGCUGCGUUGGUACUGCAACGCCGGUUCCGCGCCCACAAGGCCAUGCUAAAGGCACGACAGGAUUACCAGCUAAUCCGAUGCUCUGUGAUCCUGGUGCAGCACCGAUUCCGUGCUAAUCGCAGCAUGAAAAAAGAGCGACAGCAGUUCGUCCAGCUGCGUACUAUAACCAUUCAUCUGCAGCAAAAGUUCCGGGGCAAGCGGUUAAUGGUGGAUCAACGCAAUUGCUUCCAACUGCUCCGCAAGACUGCUCCCCACUUCCAGGCCCAUGCCCGUGGCUUCUUGGCUCGCCAACGAUUCCAGGCCCUGAUGACGCCCGAGAUGAUGGAGCUAAUCCGCCAGAAGCGCGCCGCCAAGGUAAUCCAGAGAUACUGGCGUGGCUAUCAAAUACGGCGGCGCCAGAAGCACCAGGGACUCUUGGCCAUCCGCCGGCGGAUUGUCCAGUUGCGACAGGAGGCAACUGCUGUGAAUUCUGUGCGCUGCAAAGUCCAGGAGGCGGUUCGCUUUCUGCGAGGUCGCUUUAUUGCUUCCGAUGCCCUUGCUGUCCUAAGCCGUUUGGAUCGCCUUUCGCGCACUGUGCCACACCUGCUGAUGUGGUGCUCGGAGUUCAUGUCCACAUUUUGCUACGGCAUCAUGGCCCAGGCCAUUCGCUCGGAGGUGGAUAAGCAGCUUAUCGAGCGCUGCAGCCGGAUCAUCCUAAACCUGGCCCGCUACAACAGCACCACGGUGAACACGUUCCAGGAGGGCGGCCUGGUGACCAUUGCCCAGAUGUUGUUGCGCUGGUGCGACAAGGACAGUGAGAUAUUCAACACGCUGUGCACCCUCAUUUGGGUAUUCGCUCACUGUCCCAAGAAGCGAAAGAUCAUUCACGACUACAUGACCAACUCGGAGGCCAUUUACAUGGUGCGCGAAACGAAGAAGCUGGUUGCUCGCAAGGAGAAGAUGAAGCAGAAUGCCCGCAAGCCUCCGCCGAUGACCAGUGGACGUUAUCAGACCCAGAAGAUGAACUUUACGCCCAGCUCCCUGCCCAGUUUGGAGCCGGACUUCGGCAUCAUCCGCUACAGUCCCUACACGUUCAUCUCGUCCGUUUACGCCUUCGACACAAUCCUGUGCAAGCUGCAGAUCGACAUGUUUUAGACCUAGUUAAAUUCGCCUCUAAAUGUUAAAUGUUUGAAACGUUUUCGUGUUGUGUUUAUAAUAGUAAGAAGCUAAUUUUACUGAGACAAUCGAUCGUAAAUUAAGUAAAUUUAAGAGGACCUUAAUGCUAGCAUGUAAAUGAAGAAAUCGAAAUUGUAACUGAUAGUCUAGUAACGAAACUAAGUUUAUUGUUUUUAUGAGAAAUUACAAAAGGAGCUAAGAAAUAAAGAAGACAAUCAAACUCGUUUUGCUUGCGCCGUUUUGCGGCGCCUAUGUUUAUUCGGGUAGGUAUGCUUGUAUUCACAAAUCAAUUACAUAUUUUUGUAAUCAUAUAGUUAAAUUAGUAAUCACUUUGUCAAACACCUAGUUACAUCG